AAGCUCAAAGCGCUUUCUAUCCCAUGUCGGCGUCUCUCGCACUGCACGUGCUUCCCCUGCUUUCAAGCCGCCACAGAUAUGUUAUAUCCCUCCAAUGGCCGAUCCACCUCGCCUUCUCAAACCCUUCUUAACCUCGUUUCCUCGUAUCCAUAUCUCUCUCAAACCCUGAAAACUGAAUUUCUUCUUCUCUCAUGGCUAUAUCUCGCUCUCCCUCCAUUCUCUCUUCCUCCGACCAACUUCUUCCUCUCAGCUUCUACAAUACUUUUCUCACCAGCCGCAGCCGCAGCCGCAGCAUCAACCCCAAUAUCUGCUCUUUUUCCGGUUCGGUACGCUCGCUAGGGCUGAAAUCUGAAGCUCGAAGGAGAAGAAGAACGUUUUUCGAGAUCGAUGCUACCUUUGUGGAAAAUGCCAUCGGUGUCGGAGACGAUUUGCCUGGUGAUUAUGAAUGGUGGUUUCCGAAGAAGGAUCCGAUUGAGCGGAGGAGAGCAGGGGUUUUUCUCCAUCCGAGUUCGUUGCCUGGGCCGUACGGUAUCGGAGAUCUCGGGAGAGAGGCGUUCCGGUUCUUGGAUUGGCUUCAUGAAGCUGGAUGCUCCGUUUGGCAGGUUCUUCCUCUUGUUCCUCCAGGGAGAAAGUCUAAUGAAGACGGGUCACCCUAUUCAGGCCAGGAUGCAAAUUGUGGUAACACGCUUUUGGUUUCUCUUGAAGAGCUUGUUAAAGACGGGCUGUUAACAAAGGAAGAACUCCCAGAACCAACGGAUGAGGAGUAUGUAGGUUUCGCUACUGUUGCUGACAUAAAGGAUCCUCUAAUAGCCAAGGCUGCAAAGAGGCUCAUCGGAAGUCAAGGCGAACUCAAAAUGCAGCUUGAGGAUUUCUGUAGAGAUCCUGAGAUUUCAGGCUGGCUUGAGGAUGCAGCUUUUUUUGCAGCUAUUGACAACGGUUUAAACACAUUAACUUGGUAUGAGUGGCCUGAACCUUUAAAAAAUCGCCAUCUUGCUGCCUUGGAAGAUAUUUACCAAAGCCAGAAAGAUUUUAUAGAUACAUUCAUUGCACAACAGUUCUUAUUUCAAAGGCAGUGGCAAAAAGUUCGCAAUUAUGCGAAGAUGAAAGGUAUCAAAAUUUUGGGAGACAUGCCUAUUUACGUAGGUUAUCAUAGUGCAGACGUUUGGGCGAACAGAGGAAUGUUUUUGCUGGACAGGAAUGGUUUUCCUACUCUUGUAAGUGGCGUUCCUCCUGAUGCCUUCAGCAAAACUGGUCAACUAUGGGACAGCCCUCUAUAUGAUUGGAAAGCUAUGGAAAAAGACAGAUUUGCUUGGUGGGUACAGCGAAUAAAGCGGGCACUUAAUCUAUAUGAUGAAUUCAGGAUAGACCAUUUCCGAGGACUUGCUGGCUUUUGGGCUGUUCCUUCUGAAUCCAAGGUAGCAAUGGUUGGAAGAUGGAAGGCUGGACCAAACAAAGCCUUCUUUGAUGCCAUCCUCAAAGCUGUUGGAAAGAUCAAUAUCAUUGCAGAAGACUUGGGAGUAAUCACGGAGGAUGUAGUUCGGUUGAGGAAAGCUAUUGGAGCACCAGGAAUGGCUGUUCUCCAAUUUGCGUUUGGGAGUGGCUCAGACAAUCCUCAUUUGCCUCAUAACCAUGAACACGAUCAAGUUGUAUAUACUGGCACUCAUGACAAUGACACAAUUGUAGGUUGGUGGGAGAACUUGCCGAAUGAAGAGAAGUCCACUGCACUGAAGUAUCUUGGCAUGACAAAAGCAGAUGAUAUCUCAUGGGCAAUGAUUCAAUCUGCUGUAUCGUCAGUUGCCCGAACUGCCAUCAUACCCAUGCAAGAUAUCCUUAGAUUAGGGAGCUCUGCUAGGAUGAAUACUCCUGCAACACAGUUGGGAAAUUGGCGCUGGAGGAUGCCUAGCUCAAGGAGCUGUGACAAGUUGGGAGCAGAAGCAAGGGAAAUGAAGGAUCUGCUCUCACUGUACAAUAGGCUGUGAACUUGAAAGACGCAGAGGUUUCCCUUUUCUGGGCAUGCUCCUUUCCAACCUCCGUUAAGCUGUCGCCACAUUCUUGGUUUUUGCCAUCCAACUUCUGCCAUCGUAGGUUUCUUUUGCUUGUAAUGAAUAAAAAUGGGCCUGCUUGCAUGCAAAGCGCGUUGGUCCUGGAAGUAAAAUGGGUUCUAACUUCUAAGAUGUCUCAUCAUGUAACAUGGUUAUUGCAGUCUCUGUAGUAUCAGAAAAAGAGGUUCACACAAUCCGAAUGCUUUCUUCGUGGCAA